CUUAAGAAUGCUAAGAAGUCAUUAAUAGGGGUUUGGUUAUUCAUUUGAUCAUUUUGUAGGUAUGGAUGUUAAGUCGUAUGUGAAGGUUUUUGUAAUCAAGUCAACAGGCUGUUGAUUAUGUUGUCCAUAUAGUCUGCAGGCCAUUUCUAUAACUAAACAAUCCAGCCAGUCUUGAUAACCCAAAUGUUGUUCUCACAACUGUUAUAUAAUGUAAUUAUUAAGCAUCACCACACUCCAUAAAAAGGGUACCUUAUUAGAAAUUCGUUUCGAACCACAUUGUGGGUAGGCACUGCGUAUUUGGAUGGGCAGAAAACCGCCCACCCAUCAAACAGACUGGUGACAGAUGAUGGCUGCAAACCAGCUUUACAUAAUUUUGGGCCACAGUGUGGUCAGGAUUUAAUUGUACACAGCGGAGUUAGAGCAGUCUGCAUUUCUUAAAGGAAAGUGCAUAUCUAGCUGUCGCGGUGAUGCGAUGAGGAUAUUGGCCACGGAGAUCUGGGAGGUGUGUCAGUCCCUGCUGUCGCUCAGCUGUCUCUCCUCCUGUUAUCCGUUCAGCGUGUUCGUGUGUGUUCAGAAGGAAGACACUACGAUAGACACACACACCGAGAGAGAGAGAGAGAGAGAGAGAGAGAGAGAGAGAGAGAAGUUUACUCUGCUCUUGGGUGAUCGCUCACUUCACACGAUGGCAAGUCUGUAUCCGUGUAAGGCGCCGUUGCAUUGGGAGCCCUGCUGCUUUCAGUAGAACUGAGGAAUCUUAAAGUGUGAUUAUGGCUGAAUAUAUAGAGAGAAGCGCCUCCAGUCCACCGGUUGCUGGCUGGAAACCUGCAGCAGGAGGAGCCGGAAUAAAACUGGAGAUGCACCGAGAAGAACCAGUGUCAAACGGAAACUGCAACGCGUCAGACACCGCGAAGAAGGUCCAAAGCGAAUCCAGCUGCGAGUCCCCGACGUGGGAGAGCACAGGUUCAGAUUCAGCCGCUAAACCAAUCCCUCGACGCAGCAGUCUGAUCAAGGAUGGGUCACGUGUGGGUCGGGACAGAAAGAAGACGGUGUCCUUCAGCAGCAGCCUGUCAGAGAAGAAAAUCAGCAAUGCUGCUGACUGUAUCCACUCCAUGGUUGAGGGAAGUGAGCUGAAGAAAAUCCGACCUAACUCACGUGUGUACCAGCGCUAUUACCUUCUGGAUGCAGGGCUCCAGGCUCUGUGCUGGGAGCCAUCCAAAAAGGAGUCAGACAAAGCUCGGAUCGCUCUCACCUCCAUACGGGAGGUACGAACAGGUCGUAACACAGAAACCUUCCGCACCAGUGGAGUUUAUGAGCAGAUUUCAGAGGACUGUGCCUUCUCUAUCAUCUAUGGAGAGAUGUAUGAAAGCUUAGACCUGGUGGCCAGCUCUGCUGAAGUGGCUAACAUUUGGGUAACUGGCCUAAGGUAUCUGAUGCAGUAUGGGAAACACGCCCUUGACAUGCUCGCCAGCCGUCAGGACAGCCUUCGUCUUGGCUGGCUGGAGCAGUUGUUCUCCUCUGCUGCUGAUUCAGAAGGACAGGAAGAUGUUGAGGAAGGGAUUUGCUUGCAGUCUGCCAUUAAGUUAAUACAGAGUGUGAACCCUGGGGUGAGCAGUGGCAAAGUGGAGCACAGGUUUAAAGAGCUUCAAAGAGUCAGGGAGAAAGUGUGUGGGCUUAUGCUAGAUAAUAGCUCUGGAGUUAAAGAUCACAGUGAAAACAAAAGACUAAUAGGAAGAAAUGAGCAAGUCACCAAGCAGGAGUUCAUCGAGGUCUUUCAUGCCAUUUGCACACGUCCAGAAAUCUACUUUCUGUUGGUGCAGUUCUCAAGCAACAAGGAAUUUUUGGACACCCAAGACCUGAUGAGAUUCCUUGAGGCUGAGCAAGGCAUGGCUCAAGUGAGUGAGGAGACCAGUCUGAAGCUCAUCCAGUCACAUGAGCCAUCAGAGGAGGGCCAACAGCAGGGUUACCUGUCUUUGGAUGGCUUCACCAGCUACCUCACUUCAGCAGAGUGCCACCUCUUUGACAGAGAGCAUGACAUUGUGUGUCAGGACAUGUCCCAACCUUUGUCCCACUAUUACAUAAACUCCUCCCACAACACCUACCUCAUCGAGGACCAGUUUAGAGGCCCUUCUGACAUUUCUGGCUACAUUCGUGCCCUCAAGAUGGGCUGUCGAUGUGUAGAGGUAGAUAUUUGGGAUGGUCCUGAUGAGGAACCAGUGGUGUAUACGGGACACACCCUUUCCCCACCACUGGCUCUGCGCUGUGUGCUAGAAGCAAUUGAAAGGUUUGCAUUUGUGGCUUCGGAGUAUCCAUUAAUUAUAUGUAUUGAGAACCACUGUUCACUUCUACAGCAGAAAGUGAUGUGGCAAAAUCUUGUGAAGAUACUAGGGGAGUGGUUAUACAUAGAUGCCCCAAACGAAGGAGAGUCAUACUUACCGUCACCGUAUGCCCUGAGGCAUCGAAUCCUAAUAAAGGGUAAGAAGUUGGUACUAGGUUCUAAUGGGGAGGACGGGGAGGUAAGUGAGGAGGAUGAAGGGGCAGAAAUGUGUCAAAGGAUGAAAGCAGCUAAUAGUGGAGGGACAGUGCUGGGAGGAAGUGAGAAAGACAUCUUGCAGAAAAAUGUCCCUUUCACAGCCAUCACUCAGCCUAAUCCCUCUCAACUUCCUCCCAAGCGGUUCCAACUUUUAAAGGAGCUAUCUGACCUAGUAACUCUUUGCCAUUCAGUUCGCUUUAUUGACUUUCCAACAUCAUCCAUAAGCCAAAAACCUUGGGAAUUAUGUUCCUUUCAUGAGACUCUGGCUCUGCAUCUUGCUGGUGAGAGCCCCGGCGACUUUGUCAAUCACAACAAGCAUUUCCUGUCACGGGUGUACCCCAACCCCAUGCGUAUUGACUCGAGCAACAUGAACCCCCAGGACCUGUGGAAGUGCGGUUGCCAGAUUGUCUCUAUGAAUUUUCAAACAGCAGGACUGAUGAUGGACCUGAAUACAGCCUGGUUCCGGCAGAAUGGGAACUGUGGUUACGUUUUGAGGCCGGCCAUCAUGCGGCAGGAGGUGUCUUAUUUCAGUGCCGAUACCAGAGACAUGGUGCCUGGUGUGUCUCCACAGCUACUCCAUGUGAAGGUGAUUAGUGGUCAGAACUUGCCCAAGCCAAGGGGUUCAGGGGCCAAAGGGGACGUGGUGGACCCUUAUGUUUAUGUUGAGAUCCAUGGGAUCCCAGCUGACUGUGCAGAGCGUCGCACCAGGACGGUGACCCAGAAUGGGGACAAUCCUAUCUUUGAUGAGAGCUUUGAGUUCCAGAUCAUCCUGCCUGAGCUCGCUAUGGUUCGCUUUGUGGUUCUGGAUGAUGACUUUAUUGGGGAUGACUUUAUAGGUCAGUAUACCAUCCCUCUGGAGUGUCUCCAGCCAGGCUACCGACAUGUACCACUCCAGUUUCUGACAGGGGAGGAACUUCCACAUGCCAAACUGUUUGUCCAUGUGGCCCUCACCAAUCGAAGAGGAGGGGGAAAGCCUCACAAAAGGGGUCUGUCCGUGAGAAAGGCAAGAAAGGGGCGAGACUACACAGCUCUGCGGGACUUAGGAGUUCGAGUUGUCGAUGAGGUUUUCAAGAUGGCUGCCCCUCUACUGAGAGAAGCCACUGACUUAAGGGAAAACAUGCAGAACUCAGUAGAGGUGUUCAGGGAGCUGUGUGGGAUGUCGGCUGUGGCUAACCUCAUGCAGUGUGUACUGGCUCUGAGUUCCAGAGUGUCAGGACCAGAUGAGAUGCCUAUACUACUGUUUGAUCUCCGGGACCACUACCCCACCCUGGAGCCUCAGGGCCCCCUGCCCGAUGUCCUUCGCCGGGUUGUCUCCACCUAUGAAAUGAUGGUCCAGGCAAGCAGAGCAGUGAUCGAGCUCUCAGAUGGAAUCUACGACAGGAUUCUACAUAUACAGACAAUGGCCAUGGAAUUUCACGAGAAACUGCAGAACCUGGCAGCGAAGGAGGGGCUGAAAGGUCGCAAGGUCAGUCGUGCACUGGAGAGUUUCAGCUGGAACAUCACCAUCCUUAAGGGCCAGGCUGACCUGCUGAAGCAUGCCAAGGCUGAAGUUCAGGAGAACAUGAAGCAGGUCCAUGAUGCUGCUCUGACUGGGAACCUCACCAAGGAGAGUCUAGGAGUGAGAAGGGUCCGCUCUCAAACACGACGAGGCCAGGAUGACAAAAACAGCACGAGUUCUAGAGGACCCUCAGCAUAGCAAGCAAACAACAUGUCCAAAUCAACACUGUAGCUGCUGUAACAAGCCCUACUCGUGUCAUUAAUGUGUUCCAGUGUAUUAGACUGCCACAGUGGGAGGCUCUGAAGGAGUAUAAGAGCAAGUAACCUGUACUUAAAAACAAUUACCAGAAGAGUUGAUGAACGUAAAGGUUUUUUGAAAUGCAGCCAUUGUGAACCUACCUGUUGCUGAACACUUGAAAGCUGCAGAUGUACUAUAUUAUUGCACUGUAUUAAACUGUAAAUAUACCACAAGCUAAUUACCCACUUGUUAUGUGCAAUGCUUUAGAAGUUUGAUCAUGAAGACAAAGGAAAAAUGUGUUGUUUUCCUAGUACAGUCUGGGAUGAGUCAAACCUCAGCCAAAAAAAAGUUCAAAACCUUUUGAAAAUGUUUGAAAACCCACCACUUCCAUAUGUUACUGGCUUGUUCUUCACUAAACUGCUAUCUAGCAAUAUCAAAUAAGAAAGGUCUUUAAUCAUUCUAUCUUGCUCUUCAUUCAUCUUAAAUCUACUUUGUCUUGCUACAAAAUCCUCAUCUUCAGCCUCUAAAUAUUGUCUUACAUACAAUAAUUUCUAUUUUUAUAUUUUUCCUGAAGCCCUUGUGCUAUUUAAACUGCCAUAACGAUCAGCUCCACAACUAUAAAUGUCUGCCUCUAGGGAACAAAUACUGUUUUGUUGAAAGUGCUUAAUUUGUGUGCAAAACACUGUACAGUAUUUUAUUAUGUAAUUAUUAUUUUGCUGAAAGAAUAUUUUACAUAAGUUAUUUAUGCUAAAUCAAAACAUUCCAGAUAUAUGUUAUCGAUGCAGUAGGUGACAGUUGACUUUUUCGGUUUACGAUUACCUUAAGAAUCAGGAUGGAAAUAAACUAGCUUAAAUGACUGGAAGAGCUUUGAUGUGCAUUCAUUCAUACUGACCUGACACAAACUCAGAGAUGAUAGCAAUGACAGUCUAUGAGAAACAGACCUAUGGCGCUGUACUGUACAAUGGAUAAAAGCUUCUAAUCAGCUUCAAAUAUAACUCGGCAUUGGGGCUGACAGAUCAUGAUUGAAGUCAGUCUUGACUAACACUAGUAAGUAUUUCAC